CUCUGUGGAUGACGGUUGGCGAAAGCACAGAGAGCGAUUGAGUGUGAAAUUACCCCGAGAAAGGAUGUGACGACGACGGAUUUUCGCACACUCAGUAUCCGUUCAGUUGUCUUGCCAAGCGGUUCGUUGCGCCCGUACGCGUUCAAAUUUUCUUAUCGGGCUCCACACUAUCUAUUUCAUCCGUCGAAAUAAGGGUGUAAAUUGAGAAACAGGGAAGAAAGACAGGAUAUGAACGAUUGAGUCUGUACCUUCAUCGAUAAAAAGAAAAAACGGAAAUAGGUCUGACUGGCCAACAAAGGUCCUAUCCCUACUUCCGAUCAUACAACUUUGUACAACCGGUAAAGUCCAAAAGAAAGUUUCAAGGAUUCUCUGAUUGAAUUUUAUCCCAGUGAAUUGGAUGCUCUUGCUAAAUUGAAUCUGUGUGCUAUGCGUAAUUGCAUUAAAAGGGAAAGUUGAUGGGCCCCUGGUGCUAUUUUGGGGCCCUCGUUGUGCUGUGUAUGGCAAUUGAGGGGGACUCCUCAAAUCCUGGAAAAAAUGGUGUGAUACCUGUAACAAAUGUUGUUGUGGAGGAGCCUGAAUUUACAGACAUCAUAGAAAAUAUUACUGUACCUGCUGGGAGGAACGUUAAGCUUGCCUGUUCAGUUAAGAAUCUUGGGAGUUACAAGGUUGCGUGGAUGCAUUUUGAGCAAUCGGCAAUCCUGACAGUCCAUAAUCAUGUGAUAACGCGAAAUCCUCGGAUUAGUGUCACUCACGACAAGCACGACAAACAUCGCACGUGGUUUUUGCACAUUAACAACGUCCAAGAGGAAGACAAGGGUCGCUAUAUGUGUCAAAUCAACACUGUCACGGCUAAAACUCAGUUUGGAUACCUCCAUGUAGUUGUACCACCAAAUAUCGAUGAUUCUCUCAGUUCGAGUGAUAUAAUUGUGCGGGAAGGAUCAAAUGUAACGCUGAAGUGUCGAGCAACGGGCAGUCCAACGCCAACAGUGAAAUGGAAACGAGAUGACAAUUCCAAAAUAGCCAUCAACAAAUCCUUAAAUGUGCACGAAUGGGAUGGUGACUCCCUGGAAAUAUCACGGAUUUCCCGGUUGGAUAUGGGUGCCUACCUCUGUAUAGCAUCGAACGGGGUGCCACCGACAGUGUCGAAGAGGAUUAAAGUCAGUGUGGACUUUCCGCCCAUGCUGUGGAUUCCACACCAAUUAAUUGGUGCUACAGCCGGUAACAACAUCACUCUUGAAUGCUUCACUGAGGCACAUCCAACAUCCCUGAAUUAUUGGACCUUAGGAGAAGGACAAAUGAUUCACGAUUCGAAAAAAUUCAAAUCAGAGACAACUCUUGGUAAUCCAUCUUACAAGACCCAUAUGCGCCUCGCAAUUUUCAAUAUAAGUCAGGCUGAUGAAAAUACAUACAAAUGUGUCGCUAAAAAUCCACGCGGUGAGACAGAUGGUUCAAUUCGUCUAUACGUCCAACUACCAACUACCUUCUCACCAGGACCAACCACUACGGAGACUCAACGUAGAGAUACAUGGGAUACGAAGGGCAGCAUCAAUAACAGCGCAAAUGGACAUCCUUCGGUCUACAUUCUGGACAAAAAUUCUCGAAUGACAUCAAACUUGAAUGACAUCGGGAAAUCGGAGCACAAGUCUACAGACAAAUCUAAAGGAUUUAACAAUUUACCCAUAGAUUUUAACAACAAAGGAAUCUCCUCACAAUCUGUCUCACCUACAUUUUGGAUUGCACUUGCCAUACUUUUGAUGUAGAAAGCAUUAUUUAUAGCAGAAUAUAAACUGAAAUAUUACUCUAGUGAAAUUUAAGACAAAUGCAGGGUUUAACACAUAUAAACUUAUACAUAUAUCAAAUAGGAAAUAUGUCUUAUUAAAACUUUGUAAACUCAAUACUAGAAAUAAUAUUUUACUAUACACACAGAAAAUGUUGAUUUGCAAAUUGAUUAAGUUUUGUGUCUAAGAAAAUGAGAAGCGCGGUUUUUCGUAAACUACAUUAACAAAUUGUAUAAGACGAUGAUUAUUAUUGCGGUAGAGAUGUAACAAUGUAAAGUUGUGUCUAAUUAAUCCUAAUUUAAUGAAUUGUUUGCUUGCCGUGGUAUCUGGAAAAUUGUGUGAAUUUGGAAUGGAUAAGUCGAAAAAACACUUGAGAUUGUUAAAAAUACGAUGGAUUGUUUGGUGUUUGAAACGUUAAAAAAAAGAAAAUUAAAAAAAAAAUUAAAGCAAAGUGUCCAAAAAAGGUGUAAUGCAAUAUGCAUAAAUUCAACUGCCUCAUAGAGUAUCCUAAUUGUAAAAGCACCUUUAAUUUGAGCUUAAUCUGAGACACUUGUUGAUUUUGUAGGAGAAUUAUUCAUUUUAAGAUUUUUAGAAGAAAAUUAUAUACUAUAAAGAAUGAAGUAAUACUCAAAUAUACGUACGUGGAUGUUUUAGCCUAAUAUAUGAAAAAUACCAAAUAAUUUAUAUACAUAUAUUGAACAGAAAGAAAAAUAUACCAAGGGAAAUAUAUAGAAGUGCUUUAAAAUAAAUU